CUUUGGCAGAAGUGCCAGAGAAGCAGGACUUGAGGUAGCUGCGAAGUUGCUCUUUCUCUCUCCCACUCUCUCCGUUCAGCAACUUUUCCAAAACUGCAGGAUCUAGCAUCAAAAACAGACACCAGCAGCCUUUCACCAGGGGGGGGACAACAAGAGCUGCGUGACAGAGCCUUGCCGGUUCAUUCGUUUUAAUUUUAUUUUCUUUGGACUUCCACUGGAACGAGAUUCCGUCGGCACUCGCUGAACCCUGGGGUUAACAUUAUGCAUUCCCUGUUCAAGAAAAGAAACAAAGGGAAAUACAGCCCGACAGUGCAGAAGAAAAGCAUAUCCAGCAAGGAGUUGUCUGAGCUGAUUGAGAAGUUGCAGAAAAAUGCUGACCAGGUGGAAAAGAACAUUGUGGAAGCAGACUCUAAGAUGCAAAACGACCUGCACAAGCUUAAGGCCGGUCAACCUGCAGAGUACCAAGACCUCACGGCAGAUAAGCUAAUAGAAUCCGAUAAGCUCCUCUAUGUCCUGGAUGGGGAUGCUGCCAUCGCUCGUCACAUGAAACACCCACAGGGAGAUAUGAUCACAGAAGACAUCCGGCAACUAAAGGAGAGAGUGGGCAACUUGCGUGUGAAACAUGAGCAGAUCUACAACUUCACCCCACAGGAAAUUGAGCCUCAAGUCAACUGGACCACGGUGAUCGAAGAGAAACAGGAAAUAUUGAACAGCAAGGGCUUCGGCACUGACUUGCCGUCAGUCAACGGUCAGGUGGAGGAGCACAACAUCUUCCAUAAUGAAGUGAUGGCUAUAGGACCGCACAUCAGCAAGGAAGGCGACAAGGAAUAUAUGAGUGGGCUCCAGGUGAAAUAUCAGAAACUGCUGUCAGGAUCCCAACAGAGGCAGCAGGAUUUGAACUCGCUCCAGGAUUACAUGCAGCGCUGCACCAACAAGCUCUACUGGCUAGAUCAGCAGGCUAAAGACAGGAUGCAGUUUGACUGGAGCGACCGUAACCUCGACUACCCAAGCCGCCGGCGCCAGUAUGAGAAUUUCAUCAACCGGAAUUUGGAAGAAAAAGAGGGAGCGAUCAACAAGUUGCACGAGGACGGCAAUAAGCUAUUGGCUGCAAGUCACCCUGGGAAGAUCCCCAUUGAGGCUCACAUUGAGGCAGUCCACGCUGACUGGAAGGAGUACCUCAACUUGCUUAUCUGUGAGGAGAGCCACCUCAAGUUCAUGGAGGACUAUCACCAGUUCCAAAAAGAUGCUAAGGAUGCCCAGGACCUUCUCAGGAAAGUGGACACAGACCUGGACCAGAAAUACAGCCCGGAUUUCAAGGAUCGAUACCAGAUUGAAUCUUUGCUGAGGGAGCUGGAGGACCAGGAGAAGGCCCUGGACAAGUAUGACGAUGUGGUGAAGUCCCUGCAGAAGCGAAGCCAGCAGGUGCUCCCACUGAAGUUCCGCCGGGAGACCCCGCUUAAGCCCAUCCCAGUGGAAGCGCUUUGUGACUACGAAAAUGAGCGGUGCCAGAUCUCUCGUGGAGCCAGAUACACCCUGCACAAGAACAGUGGUGACAUCUGGGAAGUUACCGACAGUGCAGGAAAUGCAAUCAGUGCCCCUGGCGUCUGCUUCAUGAUCCCCCCAACAGAUCCCGAAUCGCUGGCUCAUGCUGACAACAUCACCGGUCAGUAUCAGAGCGUGAAACAGAAGAUAGCUGGCACCAAGGGCCUUCUGCAGCAGCGAUAUGAUGGGCUGAAGGCAGACAGCAUUGGAGAUGCAGCAUCAGUCCAGGGGCGACAACUGCUGGCGGGGCUGGAGAAAGUGAACAGUGAGUUGGAUAAGCAAGAGAAGGCCAUCACUGCAAACCUGCGGCCGCCGCUAGAGCAAAGCCGGGCAGUGCAGGACAGCGCGGAGCGAUCCAAGGAUCUUAAGAACAUCACCAAUGAGGUCCGGCGUAUCGAACCCGAGAAAGCACGCAGGAUCCAGGAGUGUGAAACCUUCAUAGAGUCGGUGCCAGACACAGGAAGUGCCUCCCUGCUAAAGAACAAGGCAGAAGAGACAAACAACAAAUACAACCAUGUCAUCCAGCUGCUUGGCGCCGCUCAGGAGAAAGUGGAUGUUGCCAAUCGCCUUGAGAAGAGUCUGCAGCAAGGGAGGGACCUGAUUUCUGGCUAUGAGAACAAGUUGGCCAUUGAGGACACUAUUCCAGAGGACACAGGUGCCCUGGAGCGCAAGAGACAAGAGCUGCUGGCACUGGGUUCCGAACUGCAGGCCCACCAACCUUUGCUGAGCGUGGCAGAGCAGGAUCUGCAGAAAGCCAAGAAGUGCUCCAAUGCCCUGGCCAGCCAGUUCCAAGAGCACUGCCCGGACAUCGAGCGCCAGGAAGCCGAGCUCCAUAAGCUCAACCAGCGGUUUGGCAACCUCAACAAGCAAAUAGAUCACAGAUCUCAGAUGUUGCAGAAAGCAAAAUUGUCCUACUCCAACUAUCGCAGUGGCUACAACAACCUGAACCAGUUCCUUUGUAACGUGCCCAACUAUGAGCCUCAAGAAACUGACAAUGUCAGUCAAGUGGAAACCAAGCUGAAGAACCAACAGGCCCUGCUUGGGGAAAUUGCCAGCAAAGAGCAAGAUGUUCAGAAAGUUUCCGCCGAGGCUCAACAGUAUCAGCAGGCAGUGAAGGACUAUGAACUUGAAGCAGAGAAGCUGAGAUCCAUCCUUGACCUGGAAAAUGGUCGCAAUGGCUUCAUGAGUAAGAGACCCAGAAUCCAGUCUCCAGCCGCUAAAGUGAAAGAAGAGGAAGCUCUCCUGGCUGCAAAGUUCACAGAGGUGAAUGCUGUCAAUAAGCAGAGGCUGCAGAACCUGGAGUUUGCCCAGAAUCUCUUGAGACAACAGCCAGAGGUCCAGGUGAUGCAGGAGUCUGCUCAGACCAACACGUUUGAGAGGCCGCUUGAGGAAGUCUGGAAGUUAAGGAAGGAGCUGGAUGAUGAGAGCCAGCGCCGACAGCAGCUGGAGGCAGAGAUCAAGGUCAUCCAGGAAAACAUCCUCCUCCUGCAGAACCAGAAGCCACAGGAGACCGUGGUCAAGAAGGAAGUGUUGAAGAAAGUGCCUGACCCAGCACUGGAUGAGAGUUUUCACAAGAUGCAGCAGAACCUAGCAGAGGAACAACGCAAGAACCAAAACUUGCACGACGAACUGGAGGUCCUGAAACUCAAGCUGCGAACCCUGGAGCAUGAGAGGAGGGAAGGUGGGCAGGAGUAUGUGGUCAAGGAAGUCCUCCGUAUUGAGCCGGAUAAGGCACAGGCAGAGGAAAUCCUGAAGUUGAAAGAAGAGCUGGAGGAUCUCAAGAGGCAGGAAGGGAACCGUCAGAAUGAGAUGGCUCUCCUGCGCCACCAGGUGGAUGCUCUUUCCAAUGAGAAGAACAAGGAGCAGGAGAAAGUGACGGAAAAAGAAGUAGUGAAGCUGCAGAACGAUCCCCAGCUGGAGACAGAGUAUCAGCAGCUGCAGGAGAACAAACACAGGGAGAGUGCACUGAGGAAGCAGCAAGAGGAAGAGCUUCGCUUCUUGCAAGACAAACUGAAGCGGCUGGAGAAAGAGCGGGCGAUGGCCGAGGGCAAGAUCACCGUCAAGGAGGUGCUGAAAGUGGAGAAGGACCUAGCAACAGAAAGGGAAGUGAGUGAGCUGCGGCGGCAGUAUGAAGACGAGAAGGCCAAAGGCCGCUCCAAUGAGAGGGAGAAAUCAGAGCUGCUCAGGCAAAUCCAGGCUCUGGAAGAGGAGAAUGCCAAAGUGAUUGUCCAGGAGAAAGUCCGGGAGAUUGUCCGUCCAGACCCCAAGGCCGAAAAUGAAGUGGCUAACCUUCGCCUAGAACUGGUGGAGCAGGAAAGGAGAUGCCGGGGUGGGGAAGAGCAGCUGAAAACUUGUCAGAAUGAGCUGGCUGCCCUGAGGAAAAGAGGGCCCCUGGUGGAAGUGCAAGAGGUUAUCAAGGAGGUUAUAAAAUACAAGGCUGACCCAGAGACUGAGAUGGAGCUUCAGUCUCUCAGGGACGAGAUUGUGGACCGGACCAGAGCAAUUGAGAGGGCGGAUCUUGAGAUCUAUCAGCUGAAGCAAGAAAUUCAGACCCUGAAAGAUGCCAAGCCUCAAGUCCAGACGAAGGAAGUGGUGCAGGAGGUGCUGCAGUAUCGGGAGGAUCCCCAAACGAGAGAAGAAGUGGAGUCCCUGAGAGCUCAGCUGGCUGAAGAGCAGAAGAAGCACCUGGACCUGGAAAGGGAGAGGAAGCUGCAGGAUGAGAAGAUUAGACAGAAGGAGGAGGAACUCUCUCAGGUGAGGGAGAAGGUGGUGCAGCAGGAAGUGGUAAAACUGGAGCAGGACCCUGCUUUGAAAGCAGAGGUCAGCUCCUUCUCACAGAGCAUAGAGAAUGAGCUGCAACAGAUUGACUCACUCCGAAACGAAAUGCGCAAGCUGCAGCGGAGGAGGUCGGAGCUGGAGCGCCAGCUGGAUGAGCUGGAGAAAGAGAGGCAGGCACGGCGGGAGGCAGAGCUGGAGGUGCAGAGGCUGAAGAUCAGGCUGAACGAGCUGGAGGAGCAGGUGAAGGAGACAACAGAGAGAGUCACUGUGAAGCAGAAGGUGAUCCUCCAACAAGACCCGCAGCAGGAGAAAGAGCACGGUCUGCUUAAGCUGGAGCUGGAGGAAGAAAAACAUAGAAGGCAAGUCCUGCAGGCUGAGUUGGAAGCCCUGCAGAAGAAACUGCAGGCACUGGAAAAGAUGGAAGUCAAGGAAAAAGUAGUCUUCUCUGAGAGCAUCCAAGUGGAGAAAGGAGACACUGAAUACGAGAUUCAGAAGCUGAAAAACAACCUGGAAGAGGAAAGCCGGCGGAAGAUGGAACUAGACACAGACAUCAACAGGCUAGAGGCCAAGUUGUCAGAAGUGGAAUUCAACAACUCCAAGUCUUCCAAGGAGCUGGACUUUUUGAGGGAGGAAAACCACAAGCUGCAUCUGGAAAAGCAGAACCUUCUGUUGGAGAUGAGGAGGUUGCAAUCGGAGAUUGAGCUCACAGUAACAGAAACCCGGGAUUUAAGAAACAUGUCACAGGUGGACAGUGGCGUGAACCUAGACUCCCGGUUCCAGGCUUUGGAGAGAGAGCUGGAAGAUCUGAAGAGGUUAUCUCAAGACAAAGACAACGAGAUUGAACAGCUUCAAAACCGUCUUCAGACAGUUGCUAUCAAGAGGGAGCAGAGAGAAAAUCACUUGAGACGUUCCAUUGUGGUCAUUGAUCCAGACACUGGGAAAGAGAUGUCACCAGAAGAAGCCCACAGGUUCGGGCUUAUUGAGUGGAGCUUGUACGUCAAAUUGAAGAGCCAAGAAUGCGACUGGGAAGAGAUCACAAUGAAAGGGCCAAGUGGCGAAUCUUCAGUAAUCCUUGACAGGAAGUCAGGGAAGAAGUUCUCAAUUGAAGAUGCCUUGAAGAGUGGAAGGUUAACCAUGGCUCAGUACGACAGUUACCUCAACAAGGAGUUGUCCAUCCAGGAGCUGGCUGUCUUGGUGUCUGGACAGAAAUAGCUGCUUCAAGAGAGAUGUUGUUGUUUUUUUAAAAAAGAACUAUUCUUAAGCAGCUGGUCUAGAGCUAUACCAAAUGUUACAAACUUGGACUUCUACUACCUGUUGCUUCCAAUAGGUGUAUAUUCCCCCAACCUAGUGCCUGUUCUCCAACGUUAGGGUGCUUUUAAGCUGCACUUACUUGCUUUUAUCAAAAAUAUUUAUGACUUGCCACCCCAGGCCAACGCUCCAAUUUGCCAAAGUUGCAUGUUACUUUUGUUCCCGCCAGUCAGUGGCAAACCCCUCUGUGCACUGGGGUGGCAGGGAGUGGGUAGAAAUCAAAUGAUUACCCAAUGCUAUUUUUGAAUGAGAGCUCUCCUUUGUGAAGUAGUUAAGAGUGAUAGCUGAACACUUGCGAAAUCCCAUCUGAAUCUCAACUUAAUCUUGAACUCAUUCAGUGAGCCAUUUCCCCCCUAACUCCUUCACCCAGGAGUAGCAAAUUUAGUGCACUUCAGAGGUUGUUGAACUCCCAACUCCCCGCCAGCAUGGCCAAUGGCCAGCGACAAUGGGAGCUGUAGUUCAACAACUUCAGGAAGGCACCACAUUGACUACCCCUCAUCUCUGCAAUGUGUGGAUAAACACUAACAUUAUCUUACAGGGCUGUUGUAAGGACAGCUGAGUGUAUGUGAAACUCUGAGCACUCUAAAGUACUAUAUGCAUAUAUUGUUACCGCAGGAACUGGUUUUUACUCCUAGAUGUUGUUUAAAGACAAUACUAACACAACCAAAGGAAGAAUAAACUCACCAGUGCAGACCCAGUAACCAGCUACUGCGAAGAAUAGCAGUCUAAAGGCAGGUGCUUUUCAAUGCUAUGCUGUGAUCAUUGAAUACAUUUGUAGAAGCUUCAGCAUAAGAUGACACUUAAGCACAGCGCAACUCCUUUCUACAUAAUAAACAACUGUCAGACUCUAGUACAUAGUCAGAGAUAGUGAUUAUCAUUGUGUAAAUGAGACUGUAAGUGAUAUGUGUGUGUAUGUUUAGAGUGACCUGCUUAUCUUUCAGGUCAUACUUGUGUAGGAAAGCUCCAGUCCUUAAAAAGGAAAGGAGGUUAAAUAGAGGAUGCUGCAGUUAACAACCCCAAAAAUGCCUCUCCUUCCAUUGUCACGGUUAGAAUGGAACACUGGGUACUUAGGAUAUUUGUGCUGGUGUUUGCUUAGUUGUUAUUUGACUGUAUGAAUUCUCAAAGUAUGCAUUGUAGAAGGGAAUGGGAAAAUUUAUUUAUGCACCCAAAUAAAUGAAAAAAUACCCUGCAGCAAUCUAA